AUGAGGCUCCCAGGAAGAGCCGAUCUAGAGGAGGAGUCAGAGGACCUGGGACGGGCGGGAGCGGCGGCGGCGGCGGCGGCGGCGGCGGCGGCGGCUGACAGUGAGCGCGCGCGUCCACGGGGGUCUGCAGAAAGCGGCGGCGGCGGCGGAGGAAGCCGGGGGUGGGAUCGGGGUCGUCUCACGGUGGCAGACAUGGACUUACCUUGCGAUUGUACCUCGGAAACGCCAGCUCCGGAGCAGCCCUCGGGGAAGAUCAACAAAGCAGCUUUCAAAUUAUUCAAGAAGAGGAAGACGGGGAGCACCCUGCCUAGCAUUUUUGGGGUCAAACACAAAGGGGAUGGGAAAAGCUCGGGCCCGGCGGGGAUGGUGAAGAGCCGGACGCACGACGGCUUAGCCGAGGCGGUGUCGGUGCUGGAGAGCGGCCGGAAGGAGGAGGAGGCGGCCCGCGAGGAUGGGGCGGCGGGCCGGGGCCGGGCCAGCCUGGGGGCCCCCAAAGCCCCCGAGGGGCGCGGCGGGAGCUCCCCGGCCAACCACCACAGCGCCGUGGCCAAGUCGCACAGCUUCUUUUCCCUUUUGAAAAAGAACGGCGGCGGCAGGCCGGACAGCGGCCGGGGAGGCGAGCCCUCGGACGCGGGCAAGGCUGCGGGCAAACAAAAGAAGGGGCUGCGAGGGAUUUUUAGCAGUAUGCGUUGGCACAAGAGGGACAAGCGCGGCGGCGGCGGCGGCAAGGAUGGAGAGAAGGAGGCGGCGGCCGCGGCGUGCGCCCCGAGCCCCGGCGGCCUCCUCCUCCCCGGCUCGCUCACCGCCAGCCUGGAGUGCGUCAAGGAAGAAACGCCCCGGGCCUCCGGCCAGCCCGAGAGCCCCACCGGCCGGGAGACCCCGCCAGACCCCUCAGGUGAGCGCGGAGGGGGAGAGGAGGUGCCCACCCCCACCGUCACCAGCACCGAUCGCGGCCUGGGCCGUGAGGCCCAGAGCCCCCGGGGUCCGCACGACACGCACCCCCGGGCGGAGGACUCCACGGGGUACCCCCAUCCUCAUCACCCGCGCACCGAGAAGUCCUGGACACCCCCCGAUCCCGGAGCGGAUGAGGUCGGCUCGGCUCAGGAGGCUCCCAGCACAGGCUGUGGAGAUAUUAUUGCAGAUCAAGAAGAAGAGGCCGAUUCCAGCUGUGACAAGCACAUGCCGGGGUCAGGCCACCACGCCGCCGCCGCCGCCCUGCUCUCUAAAAAGAACCCCACCGUGAUUGCUUACCAAGGAGGAGGAGAAGAGAUGGCCAGCCCCGACGGGGCGGGUGACACUUACCUGCAGGAAUUCUGGGACAUGCUUUCCCAGACGGAGGACCCACCAGAAGCCAGGCCCCACGACAGAGUGGCGAAGGGAGCCAUGACCCAGGAAGCCAAGGCGAUCGUGCCAGAGACAGCCAAAGAUGCCAGGCGUGCGGAAGCCGCCAAGGACGCGUCCUCCGUCAAGCGCAGGAGACUCAACCGGAUUCCCGUGGAUCCCCAGGCCAAGGAGGACCCCAGGCACCCCGAGAAGGAGCCGCAAGAAGGGGUCCCCAACAGUGAUGAGGGCUACUGUGACUCCACCACUCCUGGUCCAGAGGAAGACCGAGUGAACAGCAGCAAAAAGGCGCGUGUGCCCCGGGACAGUGACAGCGGGGACGCCCUGUACGACCUCUACACGGAGCCCAACGGUAGCCCCGCCGCCCCUCCUGCCAGCGAGGAGAGCACCUGUUUGUCCCGGUUAAAGCCUGUGGUGCCGGGCACCAUCACCUGUCCAUUGCGAACACCGGGCAGUUUGCUGAAAGACUCCAAGAUCCCCAUUAGCGUCAAACAUCUCACCAACCUCCCAGCCAGCCAGCCUGUUGGACCCCAACCACCAUCCAGGAGCGACCUGCCCAGAACGAAAAUCCCAGUCUCUAAAGUGCUGGUCCGGAGGGUGAGCAACCGCGGCUUAGCUGGGACCACCGUGCGGGCAGCUGCGUGCCAUGACAGUGCCAAAAAGUUGUGAGAGCUCCGAGAUGGAGAUGAAAGGGUCCACGUGUCAGAGAGUGUGCAAUUCGUCCCUGGAAACUACGGAAGGAUGCUUUGCUUUCUCUAAAGAAAUUCAGAUAGGACUACUCUUGUUUCCCAGCCUGGGACCCUGGUGGUCUUUGGCAGGCUGGAAACAGG